CGUUUACAAUCGAUUAUUUAAAUCGAGAAGAGGACGGAGAAUUUGGAAGAGUGACAUUCCUUUUGCAGCAUACAGUGACAUGACCGAUUCCUAUUGUGAUAUGUCGCGCGAGUGUGUAGUUUGAUUCAAUCGUUAACCAUUAUCAGAGUAGAAAAUCUACCACAUGCUUAAAGAUGUGUCACAUUUAAAAACAAUACCAAAAAACUGAUAUUAUUUAACCAACAUAUUUUUAAUCAUGAGCAUCCAGAGGAGCAUCUAAAAUGGGGCAUUUGUCUCCCCCCUGGGCUUGCUCUCUUCUGGGCAACAGGCGCAUGUUGAUGAGGGCAGGCUAGUGCUGAACUUGCUAUGAUGGCAGCGAGUGCACUCGAGGAGAAGAUUAACAAGAUAAGGCAACAAAAUGAAGAAAUUAGGAGGAGGCACGAGGAAGUGGAGGAGGAUAAGAAAAAGGCAGCUAAAUUGAAUGCGCUGGUGCAAAUGGUACCAUCUACAGAUUGGCCGGAGAGGAAGGAGCCACCAGAAUUUUCUAAUCCACCUAGAACAAAUAAUAAAUUAAAAUCUGUCAAAGAACACCAUGAACAUCCUCAGUCAACAAGUGGUGAAGGACGAAAAAUUCAUACCUUUGCUCAGGGACAAGGGCCUCCACCUGAUCCUAAAUAUAACUUUCUUGCUGAUGCUGAGAGAGAGGAAGGUGACAGAGAGAGUACAAUGGACAACUCAAAUAAAGGGCAGAAAUAUUCAAGAGGCAUAUUUAAGAAGAAACCAGGAGGAAAAGAUGCAACGCAAAGAGAUUGCAGAACGAAUAGAGGAUCACACAGGGAUGAGCAUCAGCCAGAAUACGAAGCUUGGAGAGCUGAGAGAAAUCGUAUCGAUGAGGAUCGCAUUAACAGACAGAGAACUGCGGAAGGUAAUUGGCGUAGAGAAUGGGAUAAUAACAAGGCGCACAUUGUGGAUGAAAUGGCGAGAACUGAAACUAAAUUAGGGGAUAAUAUAAAAAAGGACUUCAAAGAUUUUGAUAAAAGAUAUCAUGUUAAUGGAAACGAUCAUGUAAGCCAUAAUCGCGGUAGUCAUCGUUCCUAUCGGGGAAAUUCGAGACAUUUUCAUAAUAAUUAUGAAAAUAGUUCUAACAGCAUGCAUCAUCAAGUUGGGCAUAUUAAAAAUCCUUCUGGUUCCGAAAAGAGAACUGUUGUUGCUACCGACAAAAAUAUAAAAAUUACGUUAAAUCAAGGAAAUAUGGCAAAAGGUCCAGUCAUGAGUGUCAAAGUAAAUUCACCAAGUAUUGCUGGAACAGGACGAGUCGGGCCGCGACAAAGAAGUCGCCUAACAUACAGCAGUCAUUCGGACGUUGAAAUAACUUCCCCUGAUACUGAAUCCUUUUCACGUCCAAAGUCGUAUGAAGAUAGACCUAAAGGUAUCUAUUAUGAAAAUCUGCACAAAUUCUCGAAUUCUCGGAAGUCACAACUUUCACCAAAGAAAAAAGACUUCAGUAAUAAAUCUCCUUACUUUCGUAAGAAGGAAAUUAGAAGAGAAGAUGAGAGCCUUCAGCAAUAUCAUGAAAUAGAAUCACCUCAGAAAGACCAUAAAGAAUUACAAAAGUUUUGUCAAUCUAAAUUUCAAAAGCAUGAGGAAAACACUGCAGAGCCAUUACAAGAUAUAACAACAGUAGAUGAAAAAGAAAGCAAUACAAUUUUUUCUAGAGAAUCUGAUACGAAUAAUAGAGAAAUAAACAAUAUAGAUAAUCAGAUUUACGGUAAUUUAAACUCACACAUAAACGAAGGACGUGAAAUUUAUACAAACAAGGAAGAUGAGGCUGAUUUGCAAAACUUAGAUUUACCUGCGAUUGAGAUUGAUACAGAGAUUGAAACAUGUGAAAAAAAUGGAAAAAGGGAAGAUAAAUUGGAUGAGAUGCAAAAUGUUCAAGUAGUUGUGACAUUCGAGUGUGAAAAUACUAAAACAAAGUUAACUAUAUCGUCACUAGAAAAUAAUAAUGAUGAAAAUGAGACUCAAUAUGUGGAAAACUCGUCAUGUGAUGUUAAUAAUACUAAGAAACCUAUAAUGAAAGAUAAAGAUUCAGAACGAACUAAAGAAAUCUUAAAAGAUAACUGUGAUACUAAACAAAUUAAAGAUAUGAGUGAGCAAGAAAACGGCAUCAAACACGAUGCAGAAAGCUUUCUAGAAGAAAAAGAAGUAAACAGUAUUACCAUUUUAUCUUCAACUGAUAUAAAUUAUACAGAAAAACAGAGUGAUAAAUUAAAAAGUGACGACAAAAUCUCAAAAGGAAAAGUAAUUUUGGUCAUAGAAGAUAAAGUUGCCACAGAUGAAAAAAUUAACAUUAGUUAUAAACAGGAUACAACAAAAUGUAUUAAUGAAACUCAAGAAUGCACAGGUAAUAAAGAGAAAGAGAAUAAUGUUGCAAAUAGCAUUGUAGUUGAUAAGAUAGAAUCUUUAAAAGAAAAUUUACACAUAGAAGAAAAGGCAACUUCAAAUGACCAAAACUGAAAGAUAAUAAAGAGAAAUAUGAAAUAAAAAAGUACGAAAUGUUAUAAUAUAACUGUAAGUUACCGAAAAUGUGUGAUAGGAGAUAAAGCUUUUAUAAAUACUUGUUGAAAGCAUGACAUAUAUAUAUAUAUAUAUAUAUUUCAAAAGUUAAUUUUUAUGGCAAUAUGUGAGUUGAAAAAAAUGGAGUUAUUAGAAUAGUUCCCAACAAGUUUUUAUUUUUGGAACAAGUAUUCGAGAAUGGAUAUUGCUGCAAAUUUUCGUCAAAUGAUGGUACAUCGUAAUUCUAUUUUUUGUUCUAUAAUUUUACCACACACACACAAAGUGAUUCAAAAUACUGUAACAAGAAAGUUUUCGGAAAAUUAAGUAAAAAAAUUAUUUGUAAAUGUACAGAGGAUUAAAGAUCGACAAGCCAACUCAUUUACAUCUUAUUUGUGGUGCAGCUACAUACCUGCUCUUUAUCAGACUCUACAAUAUAUUCAAAGAUACCAGAAGGUUUGCGAGUUAUCGACGUGUUUUUAUCCAUUGCUAAUGCCUUAUAAUUACAUGGCGAUAAUCCGCAAACCUGGUAUCUUCAAAGAUAAUAUCAGUGAAAGCCUAAAAAGCAUUAUCUACCAUAUAUUGUCUCUUAGAAGAAAUAUUUUGAAAUUUGUUUUGGCUUAUAUUUUACGAAACUACGAAGUCUAUUAAAGAAUCAAAGGACCCCGCACAAAAUUAUUGGAUUUUGACCCCGGUAAAAUUUGCUAAAACUUUAGUAUGUUGUAGUUCUUGAUCGACUAAUCAAAAGUGUUCAUAGGUACAAAGCUUGAAAAUGACUAGUUUUUU